CCGUCACUCCUCUGAAAUUGGGGUUUUACAGAGGUUUUAGGGUUUCGAAACGAAACACACAGACGAACAGAGAACAAAAAUGUCAGCUUCGAUCGCCGGAAGAUCGACAAUUCUGCGCACGUUUUGCCAAGCAGCAACAUCAACAACAAGAACAAGAAUUUCAGCAGCGCCAUGCCCUUCGAUUCCGUCCAAUUUCAUGGCUCGUCGCUCCUCUUCCUCAAGGCUGUUGGGCCGAGAAUUGAGCUCUCUUCAACCUCUCCACAAUGCCAUUGCGUCCGCUUGCCUUAUCUCCAAGCUUCCGGCCCUGGCCACCUCCUCCGAAGCCCGUAAUCUUGUUAUAUCAUAUGAUGUCCAUCCCUCGAGAUAAGGCAAUUAACAAGCGGCACGUCCUUUAAGAAGGUUAAUCUCUAACCAGAAAAGAAAACUAACAGGGGUAAAUUUCAUUGAAUGCAGUACCAUAAAUUAGCAUCCUUUCUCAUUGAUUGGUUAAAUUGUCUAUACUGGAUAAAGGAUAGUAGUAUUGUAAUAUGCACCGUGUUUAGUGACUAUAUCUCUCACAGAGGUGAGACAUACUUGCACAGGUGGGUUUCAGAUUUAUCAGAGAUGUGGUCAGAGAGUUUGUUAGUGAAUAUGUUACAACUUACAAGUAGUUUUGUUCAAAAGUUAGGAAUUAGAACUUAACGUGGGAUGAGGAAUUUAAGGGGAAAACUAAGUAUAAACAAAUUUUUUUUGGGAACAUUCUUGGUUUAUGCUGUCAAGCAUCUGUUGUCAAAACCAAAUGAAAAAAUAACAAAAGGAAAGAAUCAUAUGGCAACAUUACCUGAUUUAUGUGCUGAGGUGUGAGUUUGAACUUUGAACUUUCGGUUUUCUUCUUUUACAGCUAUAUUAGUUGUUAUUGGGAGUUACCUGAUGGUACU